UNAUCAAUGCCAAAAGGCGAAUAAGGCAAUUUGUAAAAAACUAAUAAAAAUUGCAACCCCUUUGGCCAAAAUUAUUAAUAAAAUUCUCACAAUUGGACAGCAAACAAUACACCACUCAAGUUUAGUUUAGUACAGUACUGUACAGUACAGACCUCUUUCUCUCUCUCUCGCACACACACACUACCCGGACUCUGUUCGCCGGAAAAGUUCAUCACAAUCCAAGCCGGCCAGCACAUCUAGGUCGGUGCGUAUUGGACACGCGCCGCCGCUAUAGGAUCAGCUCUCAAUCUACAAACGCGCCUUACAUGAACACACAGUUGCGCUCAAUUUCCAUUUCCGACGACUCUGCAAAUCGAGAUUUGUGCAAUUCCGUUUCGAUUCCGAUUUGCAUGCUCGCGCUCUCACUUCAUUUCACGCGCAGAGACAGCUGAUUGACAGCUAAGAUGUCGGUGUUUGACGCGGCGUUUGUGGAUACCGAGCUCUCGAAGAGGACCUCGAUCUUCGGUCUCCACCUGUGGGCGGUGAUCGGAAUAAUCGUGGGGGUGGGGAUCGUGCUCAUCCUCUUCCUGCUGUCGAUCUGCCUCACCGCCUGGCGCCGCCGAAGCGGCGGCAAGGGCAAACCCCACCGCCCGACGAAACUCACCGGCGGAGAGUUCACCCCCGUCAUCUCGAAGGAGAUCCAGGAGAUCGUCCACGAUUCCUCCUACGCCGCCGCCGCGGCCGAACAACGCCCAGUUGUGGCUCAGAAAAAUUUUCAGGCUGUGCCUGAGAUACAAAUAGAUAUGGGCAAGGUGGAGCAUCGCGUGGUGUUCUCUGAUAGAGCAUCGAGUGGUGAGAGCAAGGCUACGAGUGGGGCCGACACGGCUUCGUUUGGAGGUAGUGGUUCGUUGCCGGAGGUAUCCCAUUUGGGAUGGGGAAGAUGGUAUACUUUGAGAGAGCUUGAGGCAGCCUCUAAUGGAUUGUCGGCCGAGAAUGUGAUUGGUGAAGGUGGAUAUGGUAUUGUGUACUAUGGAGUUUUGGCAGAUAACACCCGGGUGGCCAUCAAGAAUUUGUUAAAUAACAAGGGUCAGGCUGAAAAGGAGUUCAAAGUGGAGGUGGAAGCUAUUGGACGUGUCAGACACAAGAAUCUUGUUAGGUUGCUUGGGUACUGUGUUGAAGGAGCUUACAGGAUGUUAGUCUAUGAAUAUGUGGAUAACGGAAAUUUGGACCAGUGGCUUCAUGGUGAUGUAGGUGAUGUCAGCCCUUUGACAUGGGAGAUCCGUAUGAAUAUAAUUCUUGGAACUGCAAAGGGCUUGGCUUACCUGCAUGAGGGUCUCGAACCAAAGGUUGUUCAUCGAGACAUUAAGUCCAGCAACAUACUGCUCGACCGUCAGUGGCAUGCUAAGUUGUCUGAUUUUGGUCUUGCUAAGCUUUUGAAUUCAGAGAACUCAUAUGUGACUACUCGAGUGAUGGGAACUUUUGGAUAUGUUGCUCCAGAAUAUGCUUGCACAGGCAUGCUGAAUGAGAAGAGUGAUAUUUAUAGCUUUGGAAUACUGAUUAUGGAGAUUAUCACUGGAAGAUCUCCUGUUGAUUAUAGUAGGCCAAAGCCGGAGGUUAAUUUAGUUGAUUGGCUGAAAAUGAUGGUUGGGAAUCGGCAAUCAGAGGAGGUGAUAGAUCCUAAAUUGCCUGAAAGACCUGCUGCAAAAGCACUGAAACGUGUUAUUCUGGUGGCCUUGCGGUGUGUUGAUCCCGAUGCCCAGAAGAGGCCGAAAAUGGGCCACAUAAUACAUAUGCUGGAGUCUGAGGACUUGCUAUCUCGCGAUGAACGUCGAAUUGCUCAAGAAUCAUCCAGUUCCCUCCGAGAAGACAAAAUUAAGGGCCCUGAGUCAGCUUAUAAACGAUACACUGAAGGUAUCUCUGAUAUUAGUGAAGAUGAUAGCAGUAGAAACCACAGUAUGCCAGCUCGAAGGAGAUAAUAAUUGUGUUUUUGGAUUUCUUUCGACAAAAAAAGAUAUUAUGCUCAACUUAUUUAUACCAUUUGCAAUAUUUAUUACCAUUGUUACCUUGUAAGUCAACCCAAAGCAUUAGCAUAUGUAAAAUGAGUGAUUAUUCUUUUCUGUAUAAAUUAAAACGAAUUAUUUUUGGCAUGAUUUUAUUUAUCACUUUUUAUAUGUUAAUGUAAGAACAACGCGUGACGACCCACUUUUUUGCGUGAUCGUAUUAUAGAUAAUUAGAUAUGAUUUUACAUACCCUUAGUUUCAACAGUUACGCACAACGUGUUUUGUGGCUGAGACAUGCCAUGCCUUUUGUGACAUUGCUUUAGCUUGUGAAAUUAGGAUUUUGAAACUGCACAUUCAUAUUUUGGGACUCGGAAUUUAUUAUCAAGUACAUCCUUAUUGCGUGACGUUGGAUAAUUGAUGAGUUAUAAUUCUG